AUAACUAUAUAUAGUAAUCUUUGUUUGUUCAUGCAUGCACUGCACGCCCAUCUCGAUCCAUAUCACUUCAACACUUCAAUUCCUCCAUUAUAUUAUUAAUCCUCAGCUCUAUCCGAAACAAAUCUUGCCUGUAUAUUGGGUAUAUCAUCAUUGCGAGUAAAAGGGAGAGAUCAGAAUGUGGAAGCUUAGAAUUGGAGAGGGCGGCGGCGACCCAUACUUGUACAGCACUAACAACUACGUCGGCCGGCAAACAUGGGAGUUCGACCCCACCGCCGGAACGCCAGAAGAAGUCGCUGAGGUCGAAGCCGCCCGCACUGAGUUCUGGAACAACCGGUAUAAGGUUAAGCCUAGUUCUGAUCUUCUUUGGAGAUACCAGUUUCUUCGAGAGAAGAACUUCAAGCAGACAAUCCCAGCGGUGAAGGUGAGAGAUGGAGAAGAAAUCACCCAUGAAACGGCCACAGCGGCACUCAGAAGAGCAGUUAAUUUCUUUUCAGCACUGCAAGCCUCCGAUGGCCAUUGGCCUGCUGAAAAUGCGGGUCCCUUGUUCUUUCUUCCACCUUUGGUUAUGUGUAUGUACAUUACCGGCCACCUCAGUGCUGUUUUCCCACCAGAACAUCGUAGGGAAAUUCUUCGAUAUACAUACUGCCACCAGAAUGAAGAUGGUGGCUGGGGAUUCCACAUAGAAGGUCACAGCACUAUGUUCUGUACUACACUAAACUACAUAUGUAUGCGUCUUCUUGGAGAAGGGCCGGAUGGCGGUGAGAACAAUGCAUGUGCUAGAGCAAGGAAAUGGAUUCUUGAUCAUGGAACUGUUAAAGCCAUUCCUUCAUGGGGAAAGACUUGGCUGUCGAUACUUGGAGUAUUUGACUGGACUGGAUGUAACCCAAUACCGCCUGAGUUUUUGAUGCUUCCAUCUUUUCUUCCCAUCCAUCCAGCAAACAUGUUAUGUUACUCUCGAAUGGUUACCUUGCCCAUGUCUUAUUUAUACGGAAAGAGAUUUGUGGGCCCAAUUACACCUCUCAUUUUGCAACUGAGGGAAGAGCUGUAUGAUGAACCAUUCAAUCAAGUGAACUGGAGGAAAACACGCCAUUUAUGUGCGAAGGAGGAUUUAUACUACCCUCAUCACUUCAUACAAGACUUACUCUGGGAUGGUUGCUACAUACUUACCGAGCCUUUACUAACUCAUUGGCCCUUUAACAAGUUAAGACAGAAAGCUCUUGAAGGUACCAUGAAACACAUACAUUAUGAAGACGAGAACAGCAGAUACAUCACAAUUGGGUGUGUGGAAAAGGUUCUGUGUAUGCUUGCUUGUUGGGCUGACGAUCCAAACGGUGAUUAUUUCAAAAAACAUCUUGCCAGGAUCCCUGAUUACCUAUGGGUUGCGGAAGAUGGAAUGAAAAUGCAGAGCUUUGGGAGUCAGGAGUGGGAUACUGGGUUUGCUAUUCAAGCGCUGUUAGCUAGUAACUUGACUAAUGAAAUAGAAGAUACUCUUCGAAAAGGACACGAUUACAUUAAAAAGUCUCAGGUCAAGGAUAAUCCUUCUGGUGAUUUUAAGAACAUGUAUAGGCACAUUUCUAAAGGGGCAUGGACAUUUUCAGACCAAGAUCACGGAUGGCAAGUUUCUGAUUGCACUGCUGAAGGGUUGAAGUGUUGCCUUAUCUUCUCUACAUUGCCUCCUGAAAUUUUUGGCGAGCAAUUGGAACCUGAACAGUUAUAUGAUGCAGUCAAUGUGUUGCUUUCCUUCCAGAGCAAACACGGUGGGGUGACUGCAUGGGAGCCAGUUAGAGCCCCAGGUUGGCUGGAGAUACUAAAUCCAACCGAAUUUUUUGCUGACGCUCUGGUGGAGCAUGAGUAUGUUGAGUGCACUGGCUCAUCAAUUCAAGCUCUUGUUCUGUUCAAGAAAUUGUACCCUGGACACCGAACAAAAGAGAUAGACAAUUUCAUCACCAAUGCUACAAAGUACCUUGAAAAUAUUCAAAAGCCCGACGGUUCGUGGUACGGAUUUUGGGGAGUUUGUUUCACAUAUGCAUCUUGGUUUGCCCUUGGAGGCCUAGCAGCAGCAGGGAAAACAUAUAACAAUUGUGCAGCUGUCCGAAAAGGUGUUGAUUUUCUGCUAAGAAUACAGAUGGGUGAUGGCGGCUGGGGAGAGAGCUAUCGUUCUUGUCCUGACCAGGUUUAUCGACCGCUUGAAGGAAACCACUCGAAUUUGGUACAAACUGCUUGGGCCAUGAUGGGGCUGAUUCAUUCUGGCCAGGCGGAAAGAGAUGCAAAGCCUCUCCAUGCCGCGGCAAAGCUUAUUAUAAACUCUCAGAUGGAAAAUGGUGACUUCCCUCAGCAGGAAAUUACAGGAGUUUUCAUGAAGAACUGCAUGCUUCACUACGCAGGAUACAGAAAUAUCUAUCCUUUAUGGGGUUUGGCUGAGUACCGGAAGAGGGUGCCUUUACCAUCAUCAUCAUCAUCAUCAUCCGCAAAAAUCUAAACCAUUUAUAAACUCCAUUUCUUUCAACAGCAUCAUAAUAAGCGAUCUGUUCAUUUGGUUCUUCCAUUCAUUUUCUAUACUUGAAUCCAUGUAUCCUUUAGUAGCUACUGUGUAUUAAAUACCUUAAGACUCUAUAUGUACAUGUGAACAAAGUUGUCCAUCCAUAUGAAUUUACUCUCUCUGGUUAUUCCUUGUAAUGAAGACCUAAGUCAAAU